GGGUGAGAUGUGCUGUGCAUGAGAGGAGCUACAAGUCGACCUCGAAACUUCAUCUCAUCAUUUACUCACCUGCUUAGGCUGUAGAGAAGCAGAGUUAUAGAAUCACUUCUUAAAGUCAAACUACCAGCAACUUAUCCACCAUGGCUACCAUUCGUAGUCUCGAUCAUACAAAGUCGGAAGCCGAGCUCGCCAUCAAUAUUAGAAAAGCUACCAACGCGGAAGAGACGGCACCGAAACGAAAACAUGUGCGAAGCUGCAUCGUUUACACAUGGGACCACAAGUCCUCCCAGUCCUUCUGGGCUGGCAUGAAAGUGCAACCGAUUCUUGCAGAUGAAGUGCAGACUUUCAAGGCCUUGAUCACCAUCCACAGAGUCCUGCAAGAGGGGCAUCCCCAGACACUGAGAGAGGCUAUGGCAAACCGACCAUGGAUCGAGAGUCUGAACAGAGGUCUCGCCGGCGAGGGCGUCCGUGGAUAUGGCCCCCUGAUUCGGGAAUACGUCUAUUUCCUCUCUGCGAAGUUGUCCUUCCACCAGCAACAUCCCGAGUUCAACGGCACGUUCGAGUACGAGGAAUACGUUAGCUUGAAGGCGAUUAACGAUCCCAACGAAGGCUACGAGACUAUUACCGACCUCAUGUCCCUCCAAGACAAGAUCGAGCAGUUCCAGAAGCUGAUAUUCUCUCACUUCCGAAAUAUAGGCAACAACGAGUGCAGAAUUUCGGCUAUUGUACCUCUAGUACAGGAGAGUUACGGAAUUUACAAGUUCAUCACUAGCAUGCUACGAGCUAUGCAUUCAACAACUGGUGACAACGACGCCCUGGAGCCUCUAAGGCAACGUUACGAUGCGCAACACUACCGACUAGUCAAAUUCUAUUACGAAUGCUCGAACCUGCGUUACCUGACUAGCUUGAUCACCAUCCCGAAACUACCCCAAGACCCUCCUAAUUUACUGGCGGAAGAUGAGAAUGCGCCCGCGCUACCAGCUCGGCCAAAGCAGGAGAUCGAGCGUCAGCCGACGCCUGUGCGCCAACCCAAGACUGAGGAACCUGACGAGAUCGCCGAGUUCUGGCAGGGCGAGAUUGACCGCCAGAACAAGGAGUACGAAGAACAGCAAAGGGUGUUACAGGAACGGCAGGCAGCAGCUCUUCGCGCUCAACAGGAAGCACAACUUCAAGCUCAGCGAGACUUUGAAGAACAGCAGAGACGUCUGGCGGAGCAACAACGAAUGGAACAAGAGGCGCUGAUAGCCCAACAAGCUCAAUGGCAGACGCAAGGACGACUGGCGGAACUUGAGCAGGAGAACUUGAACGCAAGAGCGCAGUAUGAACGCGAUCAGCUAAUGUUGCAACAAUACGAUCAGCGGGUUAAGGCGCUCGAAGGCGAGUUGGCGCAAAUCCAGAACAACUUUGGUCAGCAGAUUACUAGCAAGGACGACCAGAUUCGGGCGUUGCAGGAGCAGGUCAACACGUGGCGAACGAAGUACGAAGCUUUGGCGAAGCUCUACUCACAACUGCGACACGAGCAUCUUGAUCUCCUUCAGAAAUUCAAGACUGUUCAACUGAAGGCAGCAUCAGCCCAGGAAGCCAUCGAAAGACGCGAGAAGCUCGAGCGUGAAAUCAAGACCAAGAACCUUGAGUUGGCAGAUAUGAUUCGGGAACGAGACCGAGCGCUCCACGAUAAGGAUAGGCUGACCGGUAGCAAUAAGGAUGAGCUUGAGAAGCUUAAGCGAGAAUUGCGCAUGGCGAAUGACAGGGCCGACAACCUGGAGCGAAGCAAGGGUAACGAGUUGUCCACUAUGCUUGCCAAAUACAACAGAGAGAUGGCGGACUUGGAAGAGGCUCUGCGAACCAAGUCGCGCGCAUUGGAGGAGGCCCAAGCCAAAGUACGAGACGGUAGCUCAGACCUUGAGCAAUUGCUCCGUGAUAAGGAGGAAGAGCUUGAGGUUUACAAGGCUGGCAUGGACCAGACCUUGAUCGAGCUGAACGAGCUCAAACAGAACCAAGGCGAUACGGACCAGGUGAUAGACGGCCAGAUCGAUGCUCUGAUAAUGGCGAACCUCGACAAGAUCAACGACAUCAUCGACUCGGUACUACAAUCAGGAGUUGCUCGAGUAGAUGAUGCACUGUAUGAAUUGGAUUCGACGAUGCAGGCUGGUAACCAGAACGCUUCGCCGACAUACGUGUUAUCACAAGUUGAAAAGGCCGUAUCAAGCGCAACUGAGUUUGCUACUGCCUUCAGCAACUUUAUUGCUGAUGGACCCAACGCUACUCAUGCGGAGCUGAUCAAGGCGACCAACGUCUUUUCAGGGGCUAUAGCAGAUGUGUGCAGCAACACGAAGGGUUUGAACCGCCUUGCUUCUGAUGAGAAGAAGGCCGAUCAACUCAUGAACGGUGCACGCAAUGCCGCACAAUCCACCGUCAAGCACUUCCGCAGUCUCCAAAGCUUCCGAUUGGAGGGCAUGGACCCCCUCCAAAAGACUGACGUUCUGGUUAACGGCAGUAGUGAUGUUCGUCUAAAUCUACAAAGGUUGACCAACCUCGUCGAAUCCUUCGCCCCCGGUUUCGGUCGAAUCACAAACAACAAGGGCGAUCUCGGCGACCUCGUCGACUCCGAACUUAGCAAGGCGGCAGACGCCAUCGCCGCGGCGGCCGCUCGCCUCGCCAAGCUCAAGAACAAGCCCCGCGACGGAUACUCGACGUACGAACUCAAGGUGCACGACUCGAUCCUCGACGCGGCGCAGGCGGUUACCAACGCGAUCGCGCAGCUGAUCAAGGCGGCGACGGUGACGCAGCAGGAGAUCGUGCAGGCGGGGCGGGGGACGUCGUCGCGGACGGCGUUCUACAAGAAGAACAACCGGUGGACGGAGGGGCUGAUAUCGGCGGCGAAGGCGGUGGCGACGUCGACGAACACGCUGAUCGAGACGGCGGACGGGGUGGUGUCGGGGCGCAACAGCCCGGAGCAGCUGAUCGUGGCGUCGAACGACGUGGCGGCGUCGACGGCGCAGCUGGUGGCGGCGAGCCGGGUCAAGGCGGGCUUCAUGAGCAAGAGCCAGGAGCAGCUGGAGCAGGCGAGCCGGGCGGUCGGGGCCGCGUGCCGCGCGCUCGUGCGCCAGGUGCAGGCCAUGAUCAAGGAGCGCGGCGCGGGCGAGGACGAGGGCGCGGACUACGCGAAGAUGAACCCGCACGAGUUCAAGGUGCGGGAGAUGGAGCAGCAGGUCGAGAUUCUGCAGCUGGAGAACGCGCUGGCUUCGGCGAGACACAGGUUAGGCGAGAUGCGCAAGAUCUCGUACCAGGAGGACUAAGGGGGGUGGGGGCGGAGAGAUGUUGGAAAGGGGUAGGGGAGGUGACCUUCUGUGCUACUGUGUUAAGGUUAUCUUCUCGAUAGUUGACCGAUUAAGCGGAGGUUAUGCUAGUAGGUGAGCAGGUGAAGUGGCUGAGUAGGCACGCACGUGGUGGAGGGGCCGAUUUCUAUACCUAGGUACUGUACAAAAUUGCUGCGCAUCACUUCGGGAAGGUAGGAGAGUUGUCGUCUAGCUUGCUUAGGGUUAGGUAAUUUGAUAUUGGCGAUUGUUGGUGAUGUUUUCUUUCUUAGAUUUUGUUUUACCUUCGGGUUUGCUGGUGAUGGUGUGCUUGGGUGCUUUGAAGGAGCGUGAUGUCUUCGUGGUGUUUAUUUUAUUGUGGUAAACUAGUGGGGAUUAAGGGGUGCGUGUUCAGGUGUGGUAAGUAUAGUAGCGUCUUAAGUGCUGGAGAGAUGUUUCUUCUAUUACCCCUAUUUACGAACCAUCUAGGAG